GAAUGGUUAUGAGAAAACCAAUCAAUGGUGCUAGAUUAAAACGUUACUUCAGAAAACCAGCUUGGGAAGCACAAAUACUCAUAGAAAAUUCAGAAAUGGCAAAAAGAUUUAGACAAGCUAGAAAAUUGGCAAGUAAAAUACUCAGAAAAUUGGGAAGAGGAAAUAAACUACAAUCUGAACCAACUACUAUUCCUGAACGACCAGAUGCUAAUGAUGCCAACAACAAUAAUCAACAAUCUCAUUUGGAAGAAGUAUCAAACAUACAAUCAAUUGAUGAAGGACAAAUACGGGGACAAUUUCAAAUUGUUAACGG